AUGUCAACUGCUACCAAUAUAAGACUAUCGAUAUUGAAAUAUUUCCGUGCAUUUUUCAUACCAGAUAAUACACUACAUCCUAGACAAAAAUGGAUUCUUGGACUAAUAAACCUUGCUGCGGUUGUGAUAUUUUGGGUGCUGUCCAGUUUCCUAGUGAAUGCAGUCGUUGAAGGUGAUACUUAUAGAAAACCAUUCUUGAUCACUUAUAUAAACACUAGUUGUUUUUGUUUUUACUUGAUCCCUUACUUGAGAAUUGAAAAGUUAUCUUUGGCCCAAUUUUGGGAUAAGUUUCUUGAAGAAUAUCAUUACAGCAAGCUCGUUGAUAAGACCGAACAGCCAUUGAUUCGCAAUUAUGGUUCAGGAGAUAGUUUAAAUGAUUUAGAAGAUCAAACAUUGGAAGUUAGUGAUUCAAGUAUACCUCAAGAGGAUUUGAAUGUUAAUAUUUAUGAAACAGCAAAAUUAUCUUUUCAAUUUAUUGUAUUGUGGUUUUCUGCAAAUUUUGUUACAAAUGCUUCAUUAUCCUAUACAUCAGUAGCUUCACAAACAAUUUUAUCUUCUACAUCAUCUUUCUUCACUUUGAUUAUUGGAUUCAUGGCAGCCGUUGAAAGAAUCAACCAAAACAAAAUAAUGGGUAUCCUUUUGAGUUUUGCCGGGGUCAUGAUUGUUACCAAAGCUGACACAGAUGAAAAUAAUCCAAAUAAUGAUAAGUCUGCUUGGAUUAUAUUCUGGGGUAAUAUCCUUGCUUUAUCUGGGGCUUUACUUUAUGGUGUGUACACCAUUCUUUUGAAACUUAAGAUUACUGUUCCAAACUCAAAGAAAGAAAGAAAUUUGAAUACCCAUUUAUUCUUUGGAUUUGUUGGGUUAUUCUGUUUAGUCUUUUUAUGGCCAUUAUUGAUUGCAUUACAUUAUCUUGAAAUUGAAAAAUUUGAAGCUCCACCUACAUCCAGUGUGACCUGGCUUAUUUUUUCCAACGCUGCCAUUACAUUUGUCAGUGAUUUCUGCUGGUGUAACGCUGUAUUAUUAACUAGUCCGUUGACAGUAACUGUUGGGUUAUCAAUGACAAUUCCAUUAGCCAUGGUCGGUGACUGGGUUUUCAAAGAAUUCGAAUUGAACAUGUUGUAUAUAUUUGGAGCUUCAAUCGUCACCAUUGGUUUCCUUAUUAUAAACAGAGAUGAAGAAGAGGAUUUUGUAGAAGAUGACUAG